UUGGCCCAAUUGCGCAAAGCCAACAGAAUUGAAUGGGUGCCACAGGAGGGUCCCUACCCUAUAGAUCAAAAGCCUUUAUUCAAAGAUGUGGGUAAAAGAAGUUUUGUAUAUAUGAGCUAUUAUUCGGCAAUCUUUGACCGAAAGUAUAUUAAUCUGGAAUACAAUUUAGAGAUUUCCGAUGAAAAAGGUUUUCCCGCAUUAAUAGCCUUUCCUGUGGCCAAAAAUCACACCAAAUCCCGACAGUUAUUGCUUAAAAUACUAAACAUUAUGGUCGAGUCGGGUAUUAAUGUAGAGAUGGAGGAGAUGUCUAAAUUAGGCAUUAUUAUGGAGGGCCACAACCUAUACGAUGACUAUAGGAACCGUACAAACAGUUCCCAUCACCAAGAUGAGGCGUCAGAUAUUAAAUUUGAACUAAUCAUUGUGCUACUAAUAUCAUUGUGCACCCGCCGUAAGCAUUAUGUUCAACCGAACUUGAUCAACCAAAGUUUGCACCAGCAU